AAGUCUUCUUAGUACUAUAUCUUACCAUAGGAUGUUUAUUAUCUACUAGUUAAAGAACUAAACAAAGAUUUGAACAUACCAAGAUGUUGAACUACUUCAAUAUUUUGUUAUGUUGUAUACUAAUAAUCACCUUUUUCAGUUUGAAUAAUUGCCAAGAUAAUUCAUCUCCACCUGCACUUCUAUGUCCAAACACAACUUCUUACAGUCCCAACAGCACUUAUAGUUCUAAUCUAAAUGCCCUUUUAUCAUCUCUGUCCUCGAAUUCUUCGAGGCCUAACGGAUUUUACAACACCACGGUUGGUGAUCACGCUGGGUCUGAGUUAGUUUAUGGAUUGUUUUUAUGUAGGGGAGAUGUUUCCACUAACGUUUGUCAAAAUUGCGUGUCAACAGCUGCUAAAGAUGUUACCUCGGAAAGUUAUUGUCCGAAUGGAAAAGUUGCUGCCCUUUGGGUUGACGAAUGCCUGAUACGCUACUCAAAUGAAUCGUUGUUUGGUACUCCGACUAGAUAUACUUUUGUGAAUACACAAAGUGUUAGUGAACCGCAAAGGUUCACGUCAGUUCUUGGUAAUGUGAUGGAUGAAUUGUUAGCAAAUGUGGCUGCAAAUGUAAAUGGAAAUGGAAGUAAUCGUUCGUUGAAAAUAUUUGCGACUAAAGAAGCAAAUUAUACGGCAUUUCAGAGAGUUUAUACGUUUGCACAGUGUAUACCUGAUGUAUCUGUAUCUUCUUGUGAAAAUUGCCUGAGAACUGCUAUCGGUAAUUUACCGAGUGAUGGGAGGAGAGGUAGUAGAGUUUUGCUU